CUCUUUUUAUUUAAGUCUUGUGCCGCUCGAUAAUUCCUGGGAUUGAAACGUAUUUUCGGAACUCGAAAUACGAAUGACAGCUAAAUUUGAUUUUCGUGUGAAAAACUAAAGGAAUCCUCCCCAGAUCUCAAUGUUGGAGCUCGUCGUGCUCUUUCUUCUCAGUUCCGUAACCUUUUUCUGUGCCCACCUGGAAAGCCCAACCACAAAUUGGGCAUAUUUCUAUGCAUCUUGUCCAAUCGUCAUGGGGUUACUAUCCGCUGGACUGGUUUACAUAAAUAAAUAGAAACAGACGUCACAAAGAAUUAUUUGAAAAAGAUGACUUUAUUUCGGCGAAGUGUUCAAAUAAAAAUGUAUUAAACUAUUUAAAAACAACAAAUAAUUAUGAUGACUUGGCAAGAGAACAAAUUGCAAUUCGGAAGCCAAUGAGAGCGAGGGUUAUUCGAACGUUCUACAGCUACGAUUAGAAUGAAUCCUAUGAGAUUGAAACCUAUUAACCGAUGGUCACUACUUGGCUACGCGUCGUCUUGUCGUUGGUGUGGUGGGUGCUCCGGCGCUCGGUGGUUUGGGGAUCUGCAAUGGAUAAUCAGUUUUUAGAAUCCGACGAGAUUUUAGUUACAAUCCAGAUAUCUUACAGAACGUAUGGGUCUUGGUGUAAGGGAAUUGGCAGGCGGCGGCUCGCGAGGUUGUGGUCCAUCUGGAUGUCCCACUACGGUGACGGCCACGGGUCUCUGGUCGGAACCGGCACGUUCCAUGCUCUCGCUGCGAGAGGCGGAU